AUGUCGACUAUAUCCCAGUCCACAACCGUUUCGACGAUUUCUUCUCGUCCUUCUUUCUCCGCUUCAGUUCCCGGGCCCAGUUUGACACUCUCCACCGCUACCAGUUCCACAUUUGCUAUCACUGGCACCAGGUCCACCACUCCAAGCGUCACCACCACUCGACCGCCUUCUUCUUCCUCAGUUUCCGCUCCGUCCAGAACGACGUUCCCAACAAGCAGUGCCGCAAUCUCUACAUCCACCAGGUCGCGCGCAGCGACCAGCUCCCGGCGACCGACAUCAACGUCAUUUCACACCUUCGCAGCUUCCCCAAGCUCAAUUUCACUCGGGCCAGCAUCAGAAUCCCGGAAGAUUCCAGCUGGUAGCAUUGCUGCUAUCGCUCUUGGGGUGCUCGUAGCGCUGCUCGCGGUCAUCUUUUUCGUGAGGCGAUGGAGGCGAGCGCAGAGGCAGUGUAAAGAAGAAUCAGAGGGAAUCGAGGACGAUAAGAAGAUUACUCCGUAUCUCCAGCAAGAAAGUGCUGUGCUGUCAUAUCGCAAGAGUUCGGGGAGAGCAGAGCAGGAUAAUAGGUCAUCCAAACACCGGUACCUCCCAGGCAGCCCCAACAGCGAGCACAAGACGCUCCCAACGUACUCCGAUAUUUACAGCCCACAGUGA